AUGUGGACUGGCAGUGGCCGAACGACCACCACAGAAAGAUCAUUGACGCUGUAUGUGACCAACAUCCCGGAGAACACGACAGCGGCUGAUGUUUCAGAACUGUUCUCCAAAGAUGAGGGCUUUUGUGGUCUUCGGGCGGUUGGAGGUUCCCGCAAGAUGGUCUUCGUAGAUUUUGGAUCAGAAACGCAAGCCACACAGUCCAUGAGGCGCCAUCAAGGCCACUGCUUUGAAGGCAGUGGAGAGGGGCUCAUGAUAGAUUUUGACCACGACAAGCGCACAAAGCGAAGCAGGGCCAUAGAGAAACCAUGGAACUCGGCAGCUUUCAAUACUGCAGCGACCAGGUCUGCAUGUCCGGCUGGGUGGGGACGAGGCAAAAACAGUGGGCAAGGCCGCGGCGGUCAAGGCGGUCGCGGACGCCGGCGCUUACCAAGCAGAGAACGUGAGGCGGCAAUGUUCCGACGAGAACAAGCUGAGCGAAAGCUCCCCGACGGCUAUGUUGCCGAGCAGCCACCAGCAAAGACUGUGAGGCGUCCGCCCUCGUUUGUCACAGUGCGUAAGGCAAACCACCAGGACAUGGGCGCAGAGCAUGCUGAGCCUGGUGGAGAACGCGCCCUUGUGGCGUACGGCUCAAGCGAGAGCAGUAACGAUGAAAUGUCUGAGGCUUCUGGCCGAAUGCAAGCGGAAGCAGGCAAUGUCGAAGGCGACGGCGGGUAA